AUGAUUAAUUUGGGCCAGUUGUAAAGUAAAGACUUUUAUGGGUUAAAAAAUAGAGAAAAAGAUGACAUAAUAGAAUAAUUAAUAGAGAGAGUUGAGUACUUAUAAAACCAAAAAGAUGCAUAUAAAAACUUAUCAGAUAAUUUGUAGUUCAAUUAUUAGAGAAUGAAGGACUUGUAUAAUUUUGAACAGGAUAAAUGCCAUUAAUUAAAAGAAGAUAAUAAGAAUUUAAGAAAUGAAAUAUACCAUUUAAAAUAUAAAUUAGACUCAUUAGCUGAUGAAGAUGUAGAAAUUCCAGUACAAUAAGUUAUAGAUACACCUUUAAGCAAAGCGAAUUAGGCAAAUAAUCAAUUUAAUCUAACAUUCACACGCAAUGCAAUGAGCAAUACUAAUAAUAAUUAAUUGAAUUAAAUAUCUACUCUUAAUGACUUAAACAAUUAACAAAAAAACAAGCUAAUUAGAUAACAAUCACAUCUCAGCUAGAAUUCUAAUAGUGCAGCUAUGAACUAAAGUAUCGAAUAAAAAAAAAUAAUUGACACUAAUUAAUAAGAAGAGUCAGAGGCUAUUUAAUUCCCAUAGAGUUUUUAGAAAAUUAACUUUCAAGAUGAAGAGAGCAGGUAAUAAGCAGAUAUAAAUAAGAGAUAUAAUGUUAAAAUAGGUGAUCUUCUCUUUUAGGAUUUCUUAUUGAUUGGCCCUUCUUUAGAUGAAUUAAAUGGAAAGUGUCCUAUCGGUGAAGGAGGGAUUAAUAAAUUACUGAUGCUCAACAAUUCUGAGAGCCAAAGAAACAGCUAAGGUUUGGUCGGAUAAAAUGCUAAGAGUUUAAAUGAUGGCGAAGAUGCUUAUUUUUCAUAAGAAAUACUAUUUGAUUUACUUAAAAAUAAGCUAGAUGAAUCAUAAUAAGAAGUAAUAUCAAAGCAUCCAUUUCCUUUUAAAGUGAAAUGUAGAAAAAUUAAAUUGAAAAAACAAGAAAACUUCCCCUAAGAAAUAUAAAAAAUAUUCACUGAAAACAAAGUGCAAGACAUAAAACAGUUUGUGUUUACUAUGGAAGGAGAACAUAGAAUGGCGAAGGAUGCUUAUAAAGAAUAAUUCAAUAAGCUUGUUGAAUUGUGUAAUCCUUGUAAAAAAUAAUAUUGUAUUUAUUUCGAAUGGGAAGAUUUUAUUUUCACUGAAAAAGAUAAAAACACUUUAUUUAAAUGCUAAUUUGCAUUUUGUUUUGUUACAUAUUAUCCCUUUUUUAGCUUUUUCAGGGAAGUUGUGUGCCAUAUUAUUUCCAAAAUAUAGAAAAAGAGAAUUCCUUUAAUAAGAGUUUUUUUGGAUAACAAAUAAGAUAUUAAUUAAAUAAUUGAGUAAUUGUCUAAAACUUAUAGUAAAAACUUAUUAGAUCUAUAAUUGGUUAUGCCAUAAAUGCUACAGACUAUUUAGUUUAGUGCCUAAGAAGAAGAGGAUGAAAUAGAAUCUAACUCAACUUUAUAGGCACAAGAAGAUUUAGUCGAUUAAAGAAAUUCCUUCAGCUAGUUUAAACCGAAUGUUCAAUCAGAGAAUUCCUCAAGGGUAUCUUAUAUGGUCCCAAAUUAUUAAUAACUUAGAUUGCUCGAGACAAGCUAGAAUAGUGGGAGUAAUUGGAUAUUUUAAAUGUUUACUUUUGAUGAUUUUUGGAUGAUAUUAACUCUCGUAAUGCUGGAAUAAAAUAUUGCCUUUUUUAGUUCUAGCAUUCAAUUAGUAGCAGGUGCUUUACAAACUUUUGCUUCUAUAUAUAAGCCAUUUACUUAAUGCAAUUUGCCAAUUCUACACAUAUUUGAAAAUAAUCUUACUUACCUUGAAUCUCCAUUUCCCUUCUUAAGUGGAAUCAACCAAAACUAAAAUUACAUAAAGUAAAAUAAAAUUAUUUGUGAAGAUUCUAGGUCAGUCACAUUCAUAGAUUUAGACAAUCGUAAAAUUCAUUUAAGUGAAGAUGCAAUAAAGUUAUUUGAAGAAUAAAAUUGUUACAUGAACUACACUAAAUAUAUUUAUGAACUUAGAAAAGCUUAUGGUAUCUUACAGAUACAGCCCUACAGAUAAAUGGUAGCAUCAAAUUUCACAGAAUUCUUCAGCCAUUCAUUCAAAUUAUAUAAUCACAUGGUAUUUUAAAGUCCUCCGAUACCUCAAAACUUAAUUCAAAAAUACAAGAGCUAGCAGCAAUUGUCAUCGAUGAUUUAAAAAAAUCCUGCUAUGCUAUCAGAAGGAAAGAAUUUAAAUUUAUAGACAAAAUCAUAUAACAAUAUACCAUUUGGUAAUACGAAUUCUAAGACUGAACUUUAUAAUAAUACAGAUAUGUUCAAUGAAAAAGGAAUAAUAAAUUAUGCAAUAGAUAAAAGAAACUUGAGUCGUUAUCAAAAUGAUUAAUCAGAGGAAGCUAAAAGUAUUUACAUUCAAUAGAAAAAUAGUUACUAUGCUAUGCUCAAGGACUUAAAAACUAAAGCUCUGGAAGAAUUUUACGAAUAUCUUGAAAAAACAUUUCAAUAUUACAUUUUAGACAACUUGCCAAAAGAUUAAAAUUUAAACACUAACUUCAAAGAUAUAAACAUCUAGGAGUUCCAUGAUAGAAUACUUAAAAAAUGUGAAGAAAAAAAUUUCACAAAGCUCUUUCUAAAAACCUAAACAUUUUCAUAUUAUUCAUAAUAAUAUUACGAAAAUGAGAAUCAAAAACCAACAACAUCAAGUACUAAGGCUACAUACAGUCAGCCAUCUACAGCAAAUCCAUUAAACAAAUUUUGA